AUGGACACUUCUGGGCACUUCCAUGACUCUGGGGUGGGAGACUUGGACGAAGACCUCAAGUGUCCCUGUCCAUCUUCGGGGGAUGAGCAACAGCAGCAGCAGCAGCAGCAACAGCAACAGCAGCAGCAGCAACAGCAGCAGCCUCAACAGCCACCACCACCACCGGCUCCGGCAGCCCUGGCCCCCCAGCAGCAGCAGCAGCAGCCACCCCCACCACCGGCACCCCAGUCUUCAAGGCCCCUCACCCAGCUCAACCAACUCCAGAGCCAACCUCUCCAUCACAGCCUGCUUCACUCUUCUCCCACUGCUUUCAGGGCCCCACCUUCCUCCAACUCUACCAUCAUCCUCCACCCUUCCUCUAGGCAAGGCAGCCAGCUCAAUCUGAAUGACCACUUGGUUGGCCAUUCUCCAAGUUCAACAGCUACAAGUGGGGCCGGAGGAGGCUGCAAGCAUAGACAGGCGAGCCCACUGGUCCACAGGAGAGAUAGCAACCCUUUCACGGAGAUAGCCAUGAGCUCGUGCAAGUACAGUGGUGGGGUGAUGAAACCCUUGAGCAGGCUAAGUGCCUCUAGGAGGAACCUUAUAGAGUCUGAGCCUGAAAGCCAACCCCUCCAGAUCUUCAGCUCCAGCAAUCCACCCGAGAUUGUCAUCUCUUCCCGGGAGGAUCACCAUUCCAAUCAGACCCUGCUCCAUCAUCCAAAUACCACCCACAACCACCAGCACUCUGGCACCAGCAGCAUCAGCACCUUCCCCAAGGCCAAUAAAAGGAAAAACCAAAAUAUCGGCUAUAAACUGGGACACAGGAGAGCCUUGUUUGAAAAGAGGAAACGGCUGAGUGACUAUGCUUUGAUUUUUGGGAUGUUUGGCAUUGUUGUUAUGGUGAUAGAGACCGAGCUCUCUUGGGGGUUAUACUCAAAGAUGCAGUAUCAG